UUGCCCCUCCAUUCUCUGCACAGGAAGUGGGCUGGCCCUGGGCUUUUAGUCUUUAGCCGCAGCCUUCUCCUGGGCCAGAGCUGAGCAGGGCCCUGGGGAGAUGGCCACGGUCCCAGCAGCGGGGAGGACUGGAGAGCGCGCGCUGCCACCGCCCCAUGUCUCAGCCAGGGCUUCCUUCCUCAGCUCCAUCCUGUGGAUAUAAUGGCUGCCCCUGCUCUGUCCUGGCAUCUGCCCCUCCUCGCCCUCCUUCUGUCCCUGGCGACCCCUUGGGCAUCCGCAGCAGUGAACGGCACUUCCCAGCUCACAUGCUUCUACAACUCGAGAGCCAACAUCUCCUGUGUCUGGAGCCAAGCCGAGGCUCUGCAGGACACCUCCUGCCAAGUCCAGGCCAGGCCAGACAAACGGCGGUGGAACCAAACCUGUGAGCUGCUCCCUGUGAGCCAGGCAUCCCGUGCCUGCAACCUCAUCCUCGGACCCCCGGAUUCUCAGAAACUGACCUCAGCGGACAUCGUCAACCUGAGGGUGAUGUGCCGUGAAGGGGCGCGAUGGAGGAUGAUGACCACUCAGGACUUCGAACCCUUUGAGAACUUUCGCCUGAUGGCCCCCAUCUCCCUCCAAGUCGUCUACAUGGGGACCCAUGAUUGCAACAUAAGCUGGGAAAUCUCCCAAGCCUCCCACUACUUUGAAAGAAAACUGGAGUCGGAGGCCCGGAUGCUGUCCCCAGGCUGCACCUGGGAGGAGGCCCCCCUGCUGACCCUCAAGCAACAGCAGGAAUGGAUGUUCCUGGACACGCUCACCCCAGACACCCACUAUGAGCUUCAGGUGCGGAUUAGGCCUCUACGAGGCAAGCACACCACCUGGAGCCCCUGGAGCCAGCCCCUGACCUUCAGGACGAGGCCUGCAGCCCCUGGGAAGGACACCCCGCCUUGGCCCAGCCACCUCCUUGUGGGCUUCAGCGGGGCCUGUGGCUUCAUCAUCUUGGUCUACUUGCUGGUCAACUGCAGGAACACCGGACCAUGGCUGAAGAAGGUCCUGAAAUGUCACACCCCAGACCCCUCGAAGUUCUUUUCCCAGCUGAGCUCAGAGCAUGGAGGAGAUAUCCAGAAGUGGCUUUCCUCGCCCUUCCCCUCAUCGUCCUUCAGCCCUGGCAGCCUGACACCUGAGAUCUCGCCGCUGGAAGUGCUGGAGAGUGACAAGGCGACGCAGCUGCUCCUGCAGCAGGCCAAGGUGCCUGAGCCCACGUCCUUAAGCAGCAAGCGCUCGCUGACCAGCUGCUUCACCAACCAGGGCUACUUCUUCUUCCGCCUCCCGGAUGCCCUGGAGAUCGAGGCCUGCCAGGUGUACUUUACUUACGACCCCUGUGCAGAGGAAGAGCCUGAUGAGGGUGGGGCCGGGGCGCCCACAGGGUCAUCCCCCCAUCCCCUGUGGCCUCUGUCAGGGGAGGACGAUGCCUACUGCACCUUCCCCUCUGGGGAUGACCUGCUGCUCUUCUCCCCCAGUCUCCUCAGCGGCCCCAGCCCCCCAAACACUGCCCUUGGGAGCAGCGGGGCCAGUGAAGAGAGGCUGCCCCCUUCCUUGCAGGAGAGAGUCCCCAGAGACUGGGACCUCCAGCCCCCAAGGCCUCCCACCCCAGGAGUCCCAGACCUGGUGGAUUUCCAGCCACCCCCCAAGCUGGUGCUGCGAGAGGCGGGGGAGGAGGUCCCUGACCCUGGCCACAGGGAGGGGGCUGGUUUCCCCUGGGCCAGUCCUCCUGGGCAGGGCCAGGUCAGGGUCCUUAACUGUCGCUUGCCCCUGAACACCGAUGCCUACUUGUCCCUCCAAGAACUCCAAGAUCAGGACCCAGGUCACUUGGUAUAGACAGAUGGCCAGGGUGGGGGGCAGGCAGCUGCCUGCUCUGUGCCGGGCCUGAGCGGGGGCCUGUUGAGGACUCUGUGCCCGAGCCUAGUCCACUGCUGAGGACACUCAGUGUCCAGUCCUCUGGAUGCCUCCACCCAGAUGGCCCCCACCCCCUGCACACUUGGCCCAUCCAUUUCCAAACCUCCAUUGCUGCUCCCUGGUCCUGCUGCCCGAGCCGGGAACUGUGUGUGUUGCUGGGGGAGGUAACUCCUCAAUUCCCUCUUCAGUCACCCAGUCCCAUGAGUUUAGUCUCUGAAGCAUCGCUCCUCUCCAGCCCUGCAGCUAUUCCCCAUCAGUCCCCGAAGCUCUCCAGGGCUCCUCGCCCCACCUCUUCCCUGGGUUUUCUACCCCAGCCUCCUCCCCUCCCCUCCCUCUCCAGAGAGCAGCCUGAGCAUGCUUUCCAUAACCCAAACAUGGCCAUGCUCCUCCCCAGUUAAAAAAUCUUGCAUGGCUCCCGCUGCCAUCAGCCCCGCUCAUCUGGCACCUGUACCUCCUGCAUCAUGUGAGGACAGUCCCUUUGGCAACCGUCCCUACAGUUCUGAGCUGCUCAGAGCUCCCGCACACCCCCUCUGUCACACCUGCUUAUUCCCUGAG